UCAACUCAUUAGGUGAUGAUAUGUCAGUGUCGUGUAUACGAAAUGAGCAGAAUUGAAGUGUGUUGUAACCUUGGGCCCAAAGCAGACUCCACUGCAUCCAUCUCAGGCUGAUUCCCAACCAGGUCAAAACCGUUAAAACCUAACGAACCACAUCUGGGUCAGAACCGGCUCAUGUCGUAUGUUGUUUGUAGUUGUUGUAGUUUUAAUGGACUACAGAUACCAUCUGCACCGAUUGGGAGAUUUUCCUUUAACAAGUCAGGAGGAAGACAUGACCAUGUUAGUGCAGAGAGAGAGAGAGAGAGUGUGUGUGUGUGUGUGUCCACUCCGUUCUCUAACAAACUGUUCUUCUCCUCUUCUGUUCGUGGAGCCCUUUGAGUUUUCCUCUCCGCAUGUCUGAAGGUAGACCAGCAGGAACCGGACUGGUCUCGGUGGACUUUGAGAUCUCCGGUCACGUUCAGGGAGUCUGUUUCAGAAUGUAUGAACAACACAACCCCCCCACACACACACCUGCCUGCUUGCAGUACACAGAGAAGAAGGGUCUGCAGCUCGGUCUGGUCGGCUGGGUGAGGAACACCUACCACGGGACGGUGGAGGGGCAGGUCCAGGGUCCUGCGACCAUGGUGGAGGACAUGAAGGUGUGGUUGAGUAAAGAAGGAAGUCCAACCAGUCGCAUCACCAAGGCCUCCUUCGCCAACCAGAGAACCGUCGACACGAUGGAGCUCUCCGGCUUCAAGACCCGCUUCUGAUCCACGAAAUCAAACGUACCCCCAAAAGAAGCUGUGCACGAGUGGUUUGAGAUGUCAUGAGAUGUCACGACUGUUGAACGCCAUACUGGAAAUAUGUCUUGAAAUGAUUGACAUGAGGCUUUAAAUCAGGAGUGUCAAACUAAUUUUCAAUGUGGGCCCCAUCAGCUUCACGUAUAUGUAUAAAAUACUCCCAAACAUAUUUUUAAAUAACUUUCUUUGCAUUUGACUAUUGUUUAUUUGAGUGUAGAAAUAUUGUACAUAAGAACAUUUCUCUAACAUUAUAACACAAAUCCAUUACAUUUGAAACCUUCAAAAUAAAAGCAUAGGAUAUUU